AUGUUACCAAAUCUCUUAUUAAUUGCUUCUUGUCUUACUGUAGUUGUGGUUGUUGUUGGGGAGAGCAACGAGGUUACGGUACCUGCUGUCAGAGUUGUCAGACUACAAGUCGAUUAUAGAAAUGCAUCGAUUUCCGAUCUUCAGAAGAUUCACAAAUGGAACGCUAUCAUGAGAAACAGUGUUCUUGCCUCCCUCAAAUUUAUCAACAAGCAUUGGCUAAUUUGUGGUGGAUCUCCGUCAGAUGGCUCCUCCACCUCAAACGCUGAUUGUGGAAAGGCUCAAGUGACAGGAGAAAUUGUUGGAGAUAAACAUUAUAGAAUAAAUGUGACUCUGAUUGCGGAGAGAGAUCCCGUGAAAAACGCCAAAGUUGGAGCUACCUCUACAGUUUAUGCAGUCGCUCAUAUUGGGCUAAAAGGAGGAAUAUUCCAGUACACCAAUGCUUUAAAGAGCCUCGGAAAACCGGAACCAAAACUCGCAUUCGACGAAGCCUUCUUCUGCUACCGCGGAGCCACUCUAGUAGAUACGGAUAAAUGCCGUCUCUGUACCCCUGGCACCAUUUACGAUGAACUCGACGAGAAGUGCAUCGCUUGUCCACGUGGAGAAUACCAGGAUGAGCACGGGAGAACUAGUUGCAAAGCUUGUCCGGAGAGCACGACUACAGUAGGAACAGGCACGCAGAAGAAGGAACAGUGUAUACAUGUCUGCCCACCUGGCUACUUCUAUGACACUGCUUCGAAAAUGUGCGAGACUUGUGGUCUCCGAGGAUAUCAGCCAAGUAGCGGGCAGGAUAGAUGCAUUUUGUGCCCGGAAGGAACGGUUCCAAUCUUCCAGAAUUCUACUAGUAUCGCGCAUUGUUUGGACAAAUGCCGCGCUGGUAUGCAACGUUCCUCGGAUGGCUCUACCUGUGAGCCGUGCCCUAUUGGAUCUUUUAAAUCGGCUGAUGACAUGGUAUGUAUGAUGUGUCCAACUGGCAGGACCACCCUGUCAAAAGCCUCAAAAUCUUUGGCAGCCUGUCACAUCAAAAUCUGUUUCCCCGGGACCAUCCUUGACCAUAGCACUUUCAAAUGUGAGCCAUGUGACUUUGGAACGUAUAUGGAUGAAUACGACGGACGGAUCUGUAAGACGUGUCCGGUAUCCACGACGACCUACCAACAAGGAGCGAAUAGUGCGAAGAUGUGCGAGUGGACUAACCAAUGUAAGGCCUCCACUCACAACUGUCAUUGGCUCGCCGCGUGUAUUGAUCUACCGGAUGAGAAUCAUAAGAAGAUGUACUCAUGCAAGUGUAAACCGGGAUUCGUUGGUAAUGGAUUCCAUUGUGUCGACGCGUGUGAGGGAUUCUGUCUGAAUGGCGGAUCGUGUCUGAAGACUGGAAGAGGCGAGACGAAAUGUAUCUGCCGGAAUGGAUUUGUGGGCAGACGGUGUCAAACGGAGGAGUAG